AUGACUGUAUGGAUUUUCUUCCUAAUUACGGUUGUAUACAAAUACAUAUCAGUUAAUGAUGAUCCUGUGAGUGUAAAAAUUGAAAGAAAUGAGUACAUAUCAAAAAUUGACACAAAAUAUAGAAAGAUUUUUGCCAAGGCCUGUAAUCCUUCUGAAAAUAUCGUUAGGGGAUCUGAAGGUGCAGUAGAUAGCGACACUUGGUUACUGCAAGGCAUAUUAGUAAUAACUAGACAUGGCGAUAGGGGACCGCUUACACAUUUAAAAAGUGGUGAUAAACUACCGUGUGAUACUGUACCAGUAUCAACACUGCUUAAAAGUUAUGAGGAGUUUGUCCUGAAUGCAAGUUCGUCUGGUAGGGCUUGGUGGGUGGCAGGUCCUGGCCCUUUUCAUAAUUUUCCUUCCUUACCUCGGACAGCUACAACCCAUUGUGCACUUGGACAGUUAACACCAAAAGGAUUGUUACAGAUGAUUACUGUCGGAAAUAUUUUACGAGACGCCUAUGGUGAGAAACUUGGACUGGAAAGCAUGGAGCUAACUGGAAAAAAGGAAACAGGUGGCAUAGCCUAUAGUACACGAUAUCGAAGAACUUUUCAGUCCCUUCAGGCCUUGUCUUGGGGUAGUACUAGGGGUGCGGCUGCCGCCCGCGAAGCACACAGUGUCGCUUUUUGCUUCAGGCACUGCGCUUGUAACGCACAUCACGCACUUGCAAAAAAAAUAAGUGUACAAGCAAGAAACCGCCUAGAAUCUCAUCCGGCUAUCAAAGAAUUGAUAAAGAAGUUGUCCAAAGUGUUAUUUGAAUCACAGGAGUACACCGAUGCCGAUGUGGUCCGCGACGCUCUGUUGGCAUACAUCUGCCACGAUGCCGCUCUUCCCUGCUCUGAAACUAAUAAGAAACUAAACCCAGACAAGAGAAGGAAGUUCCGAACGGAGAGCGUGCGGUCGAGGCACAUCCUAGAAGUAGACAUCGACACCCUGAACAUGGAACUAGAUUAUAUCAACAAUCAGCUGGACUUUAAUAACGAAAUCGGCAGAAAAGCACGUGAUCUUAUAAAACCGAAUAACCAAAAGCCACCCUUGGACUUCGACACUCAAAUGGAACGGGAGAAGCUUCUUUACUACCAGCAGAGGUACCUGGACAACGCCGACGGUUACGACGACGUCGUCAUUGUGAAGAAGAAUCUAGACGCAGACUUCAAUUUCCAAAGCGACGCGCGAGUCGACGCAGAUUUCGACGAAGAUUACAAGGAGCCGACCGCGGACGCGCCGGAACAUUUCUGCAUCAAAAAGGAACACAUCAUGUCCGUCUUCGCCUAUCUGGAAUGGAGUUAUCGCCAAGACGUGAAGAACGUGCACAAUCGACGCAGGAGUCUGUUGAUCGCCUACGGCCUGAUCCACAACGUAGUGCAAAAUAUGAUUCGGAUGAUAUCUGAGAAUAAACCGAAGUUCGUCGCGUACUCGGGGCACGAUAAGACGCUUCAAGCGUUGAUAUUAGCCUUGGGGCUGACCAGCUACCAGCAUUACAACAUCCAAUACGCCAGUCGGAUGAUAUUCGAAGUGUACAGGAGGAAGGAAUUGCGGGACGAGUUGAAAUUCACCAAGCGGAAAGCGAUAGCGCAAGACUUUUACUUCCGCGUCGUCUACAACGGGGACGACGUGACGAACAAAAUAAGUUUUUGCAGAAAUAGGCACAUCGCUAUGAAAGUCCCGGACCCCGGCGACGACUUGAAGACGUUCAGCGCGUAUCUUUGCCCCAUAGAGAACAUCGUGCGCUUCAUCCACGACGAUUAUUUUGCCGGAUUCAACGUGAGCAAUUACAAAGACGCGUGCGCCAUUUUCGGCAAUGGUAGACACGCGUAG